UCUGUUGUUUAUGUAGUUGCUAAGGAUGCCAGUCUUGGAGGAACAUAUGAAGGAGCAGAGCCCAUGGGUCUACUGUGGAGCAUGCAGCCUGUUCCAGGCAGUCGGACAGGCCUCAGGUUGAGAAAGAUGGAUGUCCUCACUCCUAAUGUGGUACACAUCUCUGUGUACAGUGGGCACAUGACUGAGGGCUUCAGCAAGCAGUCUCCCCUAGCGACCGUUGUCACAGAACGAUGGUACAUGGCACCGGGUGUGUGCAGAAUCGACAUCAGGGAACAUGGAGUCCGAGGGACCCUCUUCUUACCCCCAGGUCCUGGACCCUUCCCUGGGGUGUUGGAUAUGUGGGGAGGGGGUGGGGGGCUGGUGGAGUACCGCUCCUGCCUCCUGGCGUCACACGGUUUUGUUUCCAUGGCGCUAGAGUACCUUCCCUAUGACAUGAACAGAACCUCAGACAUCGAAUCAAACACCUACUUUGAGAAAGCGUUCAGGAUUGUGCAGGAGCACCCCCUGGUGAUAAAGGACAGAGUUGCUCUGUUUGGUCUCUCCUUUGGGGUGUCAGUCGCCCUCAACUUGGCAGCCGACUCCAAAGACAUCAGCGUGAGCCUCUCCCUCCCACUCUCCUCUCUUUCCUCCAGAUUGGAGCUGUAUGUACUUUUUCCACAUUUUGUUAUGUGACAGCCUUAUUCUAAAAUUGUUCAAAUAAAAUACUUAACAACAAAAUAUAUAUAUACUCAACAAAAUAUGGAAAAAGUCAAGGGGUCUGAAUACUUUCCUAAAGGCACUGUAUAUAGUGUGAUUUCAGAUUCAGAAAUCUUUAUUGUUCCAACACUGAUCAUGUGUGUGUAUGAGUUUGUUUAGUGUGUAUCAGUGGGACUCACGUCUACCCAGUCAACAAGUCCUUCCCUGACGUGAUUAUGAAGAUGAGGCAGGAUAGGUAUAAGAACCGAUUUGAUGAAGAUGGCCGUGUGGUCUGGAGAGACAUCAUUCUGCCUAUCCCAACCAACCUUGGAGAGAAAGUGGAUAUGACCCAGAUGAUGCGGGUAACGAGGACCUACUGACCAUUCUACAAUACCCUGAUGCUGGACACCUCAUUGAGCCGCCCUACACACCCCACUUCAGAGCCACCAGGUUCAUAGUGCAGCAAACACGACAGAAAGUGAUCAUGUUAUGGGGAGGGUACACCAAGCCGCAUGCCGAUGCUCAGGAAGACUGUUGGGAGAAGAUACUUAGCUUCCUACGGCAACACCUCUACCCCAGCCCUGACUCUGUCCCUAAGGCAAAGCUGUGAUGUCACAACCAAAGAGCAUCAAGGACCUAGUAUGAUUGACUAAGCUAUAACUUUAUAUAAUAUUUUAUGUUAAUGUAUUUUUUUAUUUUUCACCUUUAUUUAACCAGGUAGGCUAGUUGAGAACAAGUUCUCAUUUACAACUGCGACCUGGCCAAGAUAAAGCAUAGCAGUGUGAACAAGACAGCAACACAGAGUUACACAUGGAGUAAACAAUAAACAAGUCGAUAACACAGAAUAAAUAAAUACAACAUUUUUAAAAAGUCUAUAUACAUUGUGUGCAAAAGGCAUGAGGAGGUAGGCGAAUAAUUACAAUUUAGCAGAUUAACACUGGAGUGAUAAAUGAUCAGAUGGUCAUGUGCAGGUAGAGAUACUGGUGUGCAAAAGAGCAGAAAAGUAAAUAAAUAAAAACAGUAUGGGGAUGAGGUAGGUAAAUUGGGUGGGCUAUUUACGAAUGGACUAUGUACAGCUGCAGCGAUCGGUUAGCUGCUCAAAUAGCAGAUAUUUAAAGUUGGUGAGGGAGAUAAGUCUCCAACUUCAACGAUUUUUGCAAUUCGUUCCAUUUAAUUUGUGACGACUGAAUGCUUGAAUGAGAAAGUCAUCAGACCAGUGGACACAGCUGUACAACACAAAUUGAGGGCUGAUGAGGAGUGUCCACAGUAGUGGGUCAGAGUCUCAUUCACUGAACUGCAUAAGUUUCAACCUGCCAAUAGUGUUAACAACUGUGCCUGAAACCUAACUGCCAUAGUACACAUGAUUGAUUCUAUUUUUUGAAUCACGAGGAAAUGUAUUGUCUAUGAUGAUUAUAAUAAAUC